UGGCCCUAUUUCUUGCCUUCCCAAACUCCUCCAUCCGAUGUCUGACGCAUCAUCAAAAUCCAAAUCUUUCUCCCGAUCAAAAUCAUCACUCGAUCGACUCCUCGCGAGACAAUCUUCACGAAAACAUCUCAAAAUCCGAUCUUUCGGCAAUGCCUGCCUUCAAAAUCCGACCUUGCCUCCUCCUCCUACUCUCCUCCGCCGUAAUCCUCUCCUCCGCCGGCGAGCGACCCUCCGCCUGCGAGAUGCUGGAGAAGUUCGAUUUCCCCAAGGGAAUCCUGCCGGAGGGCGUGCGGAGCUACGAGCUGAAGGGCGACGGUAGCUUCACGGUGUUCCUGGCCAGCAAUUGCGAAUUCAAGGUGGACGGCGGGUACCUGCUCAAGUACGACAGCAAGAUCACCGGGAAGGUGGACGCCGGGGCGCUGACCGACCUGAAGGGGGCCAGCGUCAAGGUCCUCUUCGCCUGGUUCAGCAUCGGCAGCGUCGCCCGGAGCGACGCCGCCCUCAACUUCUACGUCGGCCCUCUCUCCGCCACCUUCCCCGUCGCCAACUUCGAGGAGUGCCCGCGGUGCCGGUGCGGCUUCGACUGCGCCACCGCCGGUGGAGACAAAUUUUCUGGGAAUGGAGCUUCAGGCAGUUCCUCUUUCAAGUUCAUCGUCGAUGGGAAGAACCGUUCAGUCCGUGAGUCGAAGUCGCCAUCAAAAUAACUAGAACGCUUACAAACUUCAUCAGUCCGGUCGACCAGUCCUUUCUUGGGGACGAAGGGAAUUAAUCCUCCUCUUCAUUUCUAGUCAGCUUCCAUAAAUCCAAACUCUGGUCUCGCACAACCCUCAGAUGCUAAGAAUUCCAAAAGCCAAGUCGAGAUCAAAAUCCCCUAAUAUACUACCAGUUCCAAACUGCCGUUUGUCCUCACUUUCUAUGAGGAUUCAGGAGGUAGAUUAAACGGAUGAGGAAUCAAAAGAAGAAACCACAGUCCUCCAAUCUCAGUUCUCGAUCCUCCUCAGCCAAUCCAACAAAAUCAUACCUUUCACCCAAAAUCAGAAGAUACAUGAGAAGAUCCUUUAAUGGAUGUAUUAAAAUAAAUCAUUUUAUUUUAUUUUCUUUAAAUUUUAGACGUUUUUCUUUUUUUUUUUUUAGAUAAGUUUUAAUAA